CGACGGAGGAAAAAAAAAAAAGUCUUGAGUUUUUGGUUUUUAUAUUGUCGUGAGUGGUUACGAUUUCUUCAUUUUCGUAAACAUCUAGGGAAGAGAGGGGAGAUAGGGAAGUGAGAGGGGGAAACCCUAGAUUCGAUCUCCAUUCGAUUUGAUUCGUUUCUCGAAUCGAAGACGAUGGUGUUCUACUUCAAGGCCCGACCAGAUGCCGGCGACUACACCAUCUUCAUGGGGCUUGAUAAGUUCGAGAACGAGGAGCUCAUCAAGUACGGCUUCCCUGAAGACGUCUGGUUUCACGUUGAUAAAAUGUCGUCAGCUCAUGUUUACUUGAGGCUUCACAAAGGCCAAGGUUUUGAUGACAUUAGUGAAGGUGUGCUGGAGGACUGUGCCCAGCUUGUGAAAGCUAACUCCAUUCAAGGCAACAAGGUGAACAACGUCGAUGUUGUGUACACUCCCUGGUGCAACUUGAAGAAAACUGCUUCCAUGGAUGUUGGUCAAGUUGGUUUCCACAAUUCAAAGAUGGUUCGGACCAUCAGAGUGGAGAAGCGAGUCAAUGAAAUAGUUAACAGAUUGAAUAAGACAAAAGUUGAAAGAACGCCUGAUCUGAGAGCCGAGAGAGAAGCAGUGAAUGCUGCAGAAAGGGCGGAGAGGAAACUGCAUCUGAGGGAGAAGAAGAAGCGCGAAGAGAUAGAGAGGCUUGAGAAGGAGAGGCAAGCCGAGAUGAGGAGCUACAAGGGAUUGAUGGUAAGUGAUAAAAUGACAUCCAACAAAGACAUUGCUUCAAGCAACAAAUCGCUUCAAGAACUCGAAGACGAUUUCAUGUAAAAGCAUUGAAGAAAUGAGAAAAAAACAAACAAACCAAGUCGGUAACAUUCUGCCAGAGGUGAUCUGGUGCUGUCCUUCUAAGAAGGCUUAUGAUGUUCUACUAGCCUUCGACUAUAGUGAUGAUGAUCAUUGCCUUGUUUCAUCUUUUGUUUCAAAAAGUCUUGAAUACCUAAAACCCUAAUUUGGUUCCAUUGAAAUGUUUCAGAGGAGUGAAUCUGAAUUGUGAGAAAAAUAGAGAGCGUUAUAUAACACAGGUGAGCCAGUGAUCUGGUGCGAUCAUGGUUUACUCUACCUUGCUGUGUUUGUUGAAAAUCAUUUUACUACCCUUAUAGUUUUGACUUUGUGCUCAAAAAGUCCCAAAGUUAAUUUACAUGGUUGAGAGCAUAGGUAUAAUCUCCCCCACUUCAUAUGAAGCUGCCCUUCUUAGGUCCGACAACCGGAUUGACUAUCGUUUUAAGCCACAUUAUCCAAAAUAGAUUAUACUUUUCGAUAUUCAAUUCAAAACAAUAUUUGAAGUACAUGUUCUUAGUUAUUCAAUAUUUUUAGUCGAAAAUAUCCUUGAUAUGUAUAUAUGGAAAUACUGGUUGGGUUAUCCGUAUCCCCACCCUAAAGUCCCAUGAUUUGAAAUAAUACCCGAGGGUGGCCCCAAAGUUGAUAUCAG